AUGGUUGACUACAAGGCGUCUUUGGUGAAGAGCACAGAAUUGCUCUACCCGAGAAUAACCGACGAACUCCUGCGGCAACUGCUGAAGUUUUAUGGUAAGAACAGUUGGACGUUGAACAAAUUGGACCACUGGCGCAGCGUGGAUUUUCCAGCUGAACUCAAGGAGCGUUAUGAGAAAGGUCAAUUGUCCAUCACCAAGACAGAAUUGGCUUUGCUUAUGGACUGGAAACUUGCCAAGGGGAAGUUUAGACCUUCGCUUCCUAAGCUUAUCCAGGGAAACUCCGAGGAAAGUGUGGAGAAGGCGACGAGGAAUGGGUUCCUUAUUUUCACUGACUAUGCCAAGAAGCAGACCAAUUGGCUGGAAAUCGAUAUAUCUGAGUACCAGACUGCGCUACGCCUGAGUUUGAAGAGAUUGACUGAACUCAGGGGCGUGGGGCCUGCUACGGCAAGCUUACUUUUAGCCCUUCUUAAGGACGUUACCCCAUUCGCUCCACCAUUCUUUAGUGACGAAGCGUUUCUCUACUUUGUGCAGCUGCCAAUUCGCCCAGGCCAGCCAAUCAAAUACAACUUGAAGGAGUACGCCGAUGACUACUUGCUGGUCAUGAUUGGCGUUGCAAGAAAGUACCAGAUAAACUCGUUGGACGAGCUAGAAAGAGGCGCUUGGGGUUUAAAAAUGUAUCAUUCCAAUCGUAUAGAUAAACUUGCCGAUGUCGAGUUCCCCGAGGACAUCGAGGACGAUGCUCUAGACAAGUUUGACAUUGCUUCGGAAUUCCUUCAGGAGUCCGAGCCUAAAAAACGUCCAGCACCCACGCUGCUGCGGAGCAAACUCGCCAAAAAACCUAAAAUAGAAUCUUAG